AUGGCCAGUUGCGCGCGCGUUGCAAAUGCGUUUCAGUGCCGCUGCCGACAGAUUCGAUUUUUCACCCCAACCAAAAAUAUGCCCACCAUUAUGGAACCAAGCAAAGUCAAGUAUGCGUAUGUCGAGGAAGGUGUCGAGCGCCUGGACUACUAUGUCCGUGGCGGGUACCAUCCAGUAAAGAUAGGUGACGAGUUCCAGGAAGGCCGCUAUGUCAUUGCCCAUAAACUUGGAUUUGGACGAUCUGCCACUACCUGGCUGGCUGAAGACAAAGUAAUGAAAAAACUUGUCGCCCUCAAAAUUUCCACUGCAGAAUCAGUUGAGCGCACUCACGAGGAACAAAUUCUUUUACGACUGGCCAAGUCUCGAUCAGUGUUGCCCGGAAAAGCCAUAAUCCAGACAUUGCUCGAUUCGUUUACCUUCUCUGGGCCGAAUGGGACGCAUCGGUGCUUGGUUACGGAUGCUGCAAGGGUCAGCAUUCAUGUUGCAAAGGACAUGGCUUAUCACCGCCUUCUCCAGCUUGAAGCCGCCAGAGCCAUUGCAUCCCAAUUGAUAUUGGCACUGCAAUUUGUACAUGCUCAGGGGGUUGUCCACGGCGAUGGCACAGAUCUUCACGCUGGGAAUAUUCUCCUUCAUCUACCGCCAAAUAUUCGGAGCAUGACCCGUGAACAGCUGUACAUGAAUGUUGGAAGGCCUGACGAGGAGCCUGUUGUUCGUGCGGACGGCUUACCCCUUGAUAAUGGGGUUCCUUUGAAGGUCGUUUUCCCUGCGUUGCUGGGGCUUGGAAGUGAUGAGAUCAAGUUGGCCGAUUCUUCCAUUCUACUUACAGACUUUGGAGAAGCUUUUGAUCCUCAAAGAACACAGCGAUUCACUGCACAUGCACCAGUCCCCUUAUCGCCACCGGAAUCUCGAUUUGCGGAUGAACCGCUUUCUUUCCCAUCAGAUAUCUGGACGCUUGGGUGUGUGAUCUGGGACCUUUUUGGAUCUAGUCCACCAUUUGAAGCUUUCCCCGGCUCGCAGGAUGACAUUACUGUCGAGCAUGUUGAGACAUUUGGUAAACUCCCAGAUCAAUGGUGGAGCAAGUGGGAGACCCGCGGCAACUGGUUUGAUGAAAAUGGUCAUAAAAACGUCAAGGAGAGCCUGCGGCAGUAUUACGGCAACACUAGCCGGAGCUGGACCCAGCGGUUUGCGGAGAUAAAUAUCUCACGGAAGAGCAAGAAGCUCGAGGCCUUUGACGCUGAAGAGAAAAAAUCAUUUCAUGACAUGAUGCGAUCUAUGUUAGUCCUUAAGCCGAGUGAAAGGGCUAGCAUAGACGAUGUGGUGAGGUUACAUGUUGAACAUGCUCCACAAACUCUUCAUCUUGUUGCAUUUGGCAUUGGGGAUGUGGCACACUAG